CAGUGCACGUGUGACCGUCGAAGGGGGAGGGUGUGCGCGUGAGGUGGCACCCUAGGGAAGCAGUGUGUGUGCCAGCAGGCCAGGGCGAGGGAGCAGGCCGAGGCGUGGCUCUGAGCUGUUCCUGCCUCCUGAAGCUUGCCUGAGGUUCGUGCAAACCAAGUGACUCCACCUCAGGAGCAGCGCUGGAGUGGAGGCAGCAGCAUGAGGGGCCAGGACCAGCAGGAGGGUCAGGGAUAAUCAGCAGCACCACCACCUUGCUGCUGCGUCUCCAGCCGUUAAGAAAAAGGUGUAGGAGAUUCAGGGAAGGUCCAUGAUACUGACAAGCAAGAGAACUGAUACAAAGGUCAAGUCAAAAGCUGCACAAACAAAAGGAAGACAAGAGGAAAGUCCUGAAGCUGAAUAUCAACGUUUUCCCGACCAUGACCAGAAUCAACGUCCUAAGCCCAUCUCUGUCCCUCGUGGCCAAGCUGUGUCACCCUCCUUGGCUCUCCCCGGCCCCAAAGACUGCUGGAAAGGUGCCAUGGAGUCGUGCUCACCUGUGCAGAGUGCCGGGUCGAGGACAGGUGUGGGCAGGCAGGUGUGUGGGGCUGGCAGGUGCACGCUUCCACUCCACCGCAUCCUUGGCAGCCUCCUCCACACCUGAUCCAGAAAACAGCAGAGGUGAGCAGGGGAGGGUGGCAUCCCGGUUUCACAAGGAUCUCGUCCCCGGGCAAAGGGCAGGGAAGCAGAUAAAACGACCUCAAACACAGCAGGAGGAAGUUGACAGAGUGAUGGCAGCCAUGCAGGGUCUCUUCAGCAUGAAGGGCCAGGAUGCAAUGGAGGUCCUAAUAUCCUGCCUGCCCUCUCCGGUGUCCUCCACAGAUGUCCUAUACAACCUGCAGAACCUGAAGGAGUGUGGGAUAAAGGGGUCACAGAUACAAAGGAUUCCGUGGAUCAUCACCCAACCCGCAGGCAAGCUCUCGGAGAAGCUCGUCAAGAUCAUGGGCCCGUACCUGUUCCGGAAGCACCACGAGGGACUGGGGUUCUGCUACCUGUCCCUUGAGCUCAUUUCCAACUACCAGAGGCGCUUCAGGAAUGAGUCGGCGAGAUUCAGUGGCCACCCCAACCGCAUCUACUACCUGGCGGAGAAGAUACAGGUACCGGUGGAGUUGUUCACAGAGAGGAUCGGCAAGCCUCACAAAACACUGACCAUGAACAUCGAGAGGCUGGACAGCUUCAUCGACAUGUUGCACCGGUAUGGCAUAACCCCCGAGGACAUCAUUGCGGACCUGUGGGUGUUUGGGUACUGCUCCACGCGGGCUGAGGACAGGCUGCGCAGGGCGGCUGAGCUGGGCUGCACCGACUUGAGGCCGUGGAUGUGCCGAUGCUCAGACAAGAUAUUUGACAGGUUCUGUGCACGCUACCAGAGUGGGCGCGACCUGCUGGGGGAACACGAGUCCGUCUUUGACUUCCUCUCGGAGCGCCUGAACUGUGAUCGCAGCGAGGUGGAGCGAGCCUUCCAGAGCAACAUCAUCAUGCAGCGCGUCCACAUCAGCAAGUUCAACAGGAUCCUGGACCUUCUCUUCUCCGAGGGAAUACCCGCCACGGAGAUCAGAAUGUGCAUGCGGAUCUUCCAGUACUCGGAGCUCCGGACGGCCGCCAGGAUACAGGAGCUGAAGAACGUCGGAUUCUUCCCCUUCCCGCUGAGCAUCCUCUGCCGCACCCCUGCCCAGUUCAGGUCCAUGGUGCAGGAGUUCAAGAAGCGGAAGUACAUGGACGUGUUGCAGUGGAAUGGGAAAUGAUGAGUGGCUGACGGUAUGGAAGUGUGUGUGUGUGGAUGAGUGUGCCAGAUGAGAAGAGAUGGAUGAGAUGAGUUGUAUGUGCCAAGUAGAGAUGGAGCGCAAGUGGAUGAGUGUGCCAGAUGAGAAGGGAGGGAUGAGAUGGAUUGCAUGAAUGUGCCAAGGAGAGAUGGAUGAACUUAGAUUGUAUGAAGUUAAUGAAAGACUGAAUGAUUGAAAUUGAAAGAUAAUGAAAGGUAAAGAUGGAUAAAGACUGAAUGUAUAAAUGUGUUGGAUGAAGAUUGGAUAGAGAGAGAAAGAUAGUUGAAGAUUUUACGAGUGUGAGAUACAUAAAGAAAGACAGAUGAAAGUUUGAAGUUACCAGAUGAAGAUGGGUGAAGAUGAUUAUGUGAAUGUGACGGAUGAAGUAGUGAAAUGUAUGACGGACGGAUGAUUGUGUAUUCAUCCAGUGAGAGAAUGUGUGUGUUCCCUAAAGGCUGUGAUAGUUAUGGGCUAAUCAGUGCAUCCAAGUUACUUUUUACCUAUUCAAAUUAAUGUAAAUAUUAUGUAUACUAAACUGGACAAAUGUAAAUAAACGUCUUCAGUAUAUUUAAAGUAUUUCACGUAAUUCUUUUUCUAAACCAAAUAGCCGAUGUGUCAAUGCCUGUAGUGUCUUUGCUUACCUUAAUAGUGGAUUGGACGUGCAGUAUAUGAAGGCUGAUGCAUUCAUGGGCGUGUCACUAAAAUCUAACCUACACAAAUUCCAUCCAGUGUAUAAGAAAAUCACCACUUGGCUACAAUGUUUGGAAAUUGGGCCGUAUUACAAGUUGAACCCGAGAAGUUUCAGGUCCCUACAAAGGUUGGUUUAGGGGCUGCAUUACAAGUCCAAUCCAAGAAUUUUUGGGUCCCUACAAAGGUCGGUUUAGGGUCUGCAUUACAAGUCCAAUCCAAGAAGUUUCGGGUCCCUACAGAGAUUGAGAUGAAUAACUCUGUAGGGACCCGAAUAACUUGGAUUCGACUUGUAAUACAGGCCCUUAUUAUAACCAAACAAAACUACAACAUCCCAAAUAUGAACUAAAUAAAUUACAACCAUGAUAUUAACUGCAUUCCGUCUACAUGAGAAAAAUGAAAGUAGCUGCGGUAUAUUGGAAAAAAAGUAUAACCCCAUAAACUACUAUAUUCCACGUAUGAAAUUAGUUUACUAUGAUAUAAAUAACAUUCCAUCUAUAUGAAGAAAAAAAAAGUUGCUACUACAGUGUAUGGGAAAAAAAGUUACGACCACUACAAUAGAAUGAAAACCAACUUAAGAAUUACAGUGAAAGGUAAAAAAAUAUCCAUGCUGUUGUUUUCAUAUCAUUCAUUCUUUCACAACCUCAGGAAAUGCUCGUAUAUACACACAAGAAAUGCUACAAAUAAAUUCCCGCAGGCAUUUGGGGAAACAUAUUACAUACUCCAUUCACAUAAAUUUUGCAUAUAUGUCCCACCAAUGCUUGCCCAAUAAGCCACCAAUAAGAUUCACCCUUCCCCAGCAUCCACCAAUCACAAGCCAGGAUUUGGGAGGAGGCGUGGCUAGCUCGUGGACUGGCCAAUGAUUACGCUCUUAACAGGGAAGGGGGUGGAGCUUAUAUGCCUUGUUAAUGUGAAUGUUGUAUAAAAUUAUGCAUUGCUACGGCUACCACAUCUUUACAUCUGUUUAUACACCAGUUCUUCACCCACUCAUGACUACAAUACAUUAAUAAGGAAGGAAUACAGGGAAAGUGUCAGCCCAGGAGUUUUAUACAUAUCAUAAGACCCCGUCCACACGGGCCAACUUUGCUCGGCAAACUUUGCCUCUUUGCGGGCUAAGCCUAUCGUACGCAUUUAUGCUGCUGUCCAAACAACGUUGGUUGGGCAGUCAGAGCUUUACAGUGACUGAGACAGGAUCAAGUGGUAUACGACAACAUGGAUCACAGGACACGCACAAAGAAAACUGCUCCGUAUUCUGUUAAAGCAGCGUGCAGAAAGGUAAAAACAACAAGGCAAAAGAUGUAAUCUGGCAGCACCUUCAUGCCACACCAACCACCUGACCUUGAUGUGCAACAUGCAAAGCCUCGAUACUUUGUUAAACAUUAGGGAAAACAUAUACGAAGCUUUGCUUGUGUUUCUCCAUUUAUGACAUCACACCGAGCAAAGUGUUCCCCUGUGGACGAGGCUUAAGUGAUCUAGAUACUCUUUGAUAUUCCCUUCACUCUAAAUGCUUCACUUGCUAAGAAGGUUGACUACUCUAAUGGAAGGAUUUCAGGUUAGUUAAUCAAAACAAAAGUUACAAAUGAAACUCAAAUAUGGAAUUGGUUAUCAGUCUUGAGGAGGAGGAUAUGUUCACCUCAUGUGUUCUAUUCAGCACCAAUAUCAAGAAAAUAAAACUAUUCUACUUUGGAAAACCGAGUCAAGGUAUAACAAUGACCCUGGCAUAUUAGUGCAGUGUUCUAAAAGUUUUAUAACAUCUGGAACACUACUCGGCCUACCUACGUUUUCUUAGCAACACUGCCAUCCUAGUCAUCGAGGAUCCACGGGAAUGGCAUGAAAAUAGUGGACGUGCCUGAGGAGGAAACAUAACAACUUACUGGAGUUCGCGCAAAGCAAGGCUCGUAUACAAACACCCAAGUAUUCAUAAGACAUCUUGUGUCCUCAUGUAUAAACCAGUUUGUCAUUAAGCAUCAAGUGUUCUGGCACACACUGAAGAAAUGCCUCGAAACCAAACACACACACACACACCUAUAAGCAUGUGUGUGUGGCUACAAGACUCCCCUACAAACUUAGAACUAAACACAGGAAUGAAAAUGCUUAAAAUGUGCUACUCUAUAAAUAUACCACUCCACAUACACACUACAUUCUUUACUGUAUACUCGUACCCUGAUAUUAUUUUCCACAGCCAUGGCGGACUUAGUAAUUAGUGUGUGUGUGUACCAAAAAGGCAGGUGGGUAUUACCUAAUAAUGCUUCUUUAACCCGGUAGCAGCGGGGAUCAUGAUUCUUAAUGGUCCCUCUAAACGAGAAAAAUGAGAAAAAAUCAUCACUCACACAAACCAUUUCAUUUUGCAUUUGCAUUUGUGAUCACUUUAUGCAUCAUCUAUUUUGGGGGGUUUAUAUCAUGGCACAAAUUUGGCCUGUCGCUGCUACCGGAUUAACUUGAGCUAGAAUGCACAGCGGUAGGGAAGUGAGCGAGGGAGAGGCUGACUUCCUCCUGGGCUGACGUAUGGCAACUCUAAGGCCUAUUGUGCGGCUGCUUGUCCUACACUAUCAAUGACUUAAAAUCUAUGGUAUGUUCUUUCCCUCUCCACCAGUCACUAUCACGAGUCUGACUUCCCUUGAAUCUCAGACUUCCUUCAUUAAAAUUACAUAACAUAGGUCCUUCUAUACUUAUUUAUACUUCAGUCAUUAUAAAUUACAGGUUUCAUCAAUCCCUUUGCUAAAUAAUGACAACUUUAACCAGCCAGCAAGUUAUUUUAGCAAGUUCUUAUAAUAUUUCAAAGGCCUUUUCACUACUGAGUCUCAAAACUUAGGUAAAGGAAUGCAAGUUUUAUCAAUUGGCGAGCUCGUAAUUUUUCAAAAAGCGUAUUUACUACAGACUUUCAAACCAAGGUAACUGAAUGACUACUCACCUAACUAGCAAGGCCUUAUAAACUUUCAAAAGCCUAUGUACUGAUGAACUUCAAACUCGGGUAAAGGAAUGGCAACAGUGCAUAACAGAUUGACCUUUUUCGACCACUCCUCUUCACUCUUUUACAUAGGAGCAGUGAUUAGUGGCCUUUUUUCAUAGCCUUUUAUUUAUUUUUGCCUUGACCUGACCUCUCUUUCAACCACUCCUCUUCACUCUUUUACAUAGGAGCUGUGAUUAGCAUUUUUUUUCUCAUGGUUCUUUUUUUUUUUUUGCCCUCGAGCUGCUGCUUUUAAAAACUACGCACUCUUGUUUGGAUAUGGGAAGCGUUUUACUGCAGUUCAAACUAAGGAUGAAAAAUAUAUGCAGGGGCCGACUACACGAGGAAGGCACAAAGAAAUCACAUAUACAUUUGGCUCUGUGCUUGGGUACUCACACUACGCUAUGUACUUCGGAUAGUUUCCAAAUCAAGCUUCCAGAAAAGGGAACGAGAACUAGAAUUAUAAAGAAUUUAGGCUCCACACACAUGACUGCAGCUAUGAAUUUGUCUAAGUGCUUAAGGCUGGGCUGUUCCUGGGCCAAAGUUCCCUACACCCAUACUAGAUAGAUACACAUAAAUAGAUUGACUAAUACAUGGAAGAACAACAAGAACAAGAGGAGCAAAAACAAUAACAAGGAGAAGAACAA